CUAAGUGAAAAGGAUGAUGACAAAGAAGAACCUGUCUGACCUGAUGCCUGGUAGUGAGCAGUUCCUCUCCCUUCUGUCAUCAGCUCGUCAGAAAAAGUCGAAAUCCCUCCUGAUAAAAUUGAGGCAACAGUGCAUUGAGAAAGUCUAUUUGCAGGAACUCAACAAAAAAUACUCAAGAGGACAAAAUAUCUCCAUCAGAUUGUCAAGACAAAUGAAGACCUCAAAGUCUUAUAUUGAUAAGACGCUCACAGAAUUUAAUCACAGUGCCACCAUCAAGAACAAUCUCCCACGGGGAUCGCUGCUUUGCAAGAGCUGGUACUCUUCUUUGGAACGCCCUGCCCAAAGAACUCAGAAUGCUCAGUGAAAUUAACAGUUUCAAAAAACAUCUGAAGACAUACUUGUUCAGCAAAAUAUAUACAGCCAUACCAACUGUGCGAGCUUCAAGAGAGCUUUUGAGCAGUCAGUCUCGAAACUAGCGCUAUAUAAAUACCAAGUUAAUAAUAAUAAUAAUAAUAACUGAAUUGAAUGCAAUUAACACUCACCACCUAACAUAUGUCAGCUAACCUGUCAGAAGUGAGGCAAUACAGCUAUAUUUUCCUGGCCAAAAGAUCUUGUGAAGAACAGGAUCUUUUGAAGCAGGAAUUGAAGUCUGUUUUGGUCCAACACAUGAUUCUCAUUGUGACAGAGUUGAAAAAUCUUUGUUUUUUCAAGAAGGCUUAUUUCUUGAAAGACAAUUGCAUGUCUGCUCUGUUGCAUAUGAGAAAUUUGUUGGCAAAGUUUCGGUUCCCACAAUGUUCACAGAUUUGUUGCAAGAGGUAUUGGAGUGUGAAGAAGAUGAGAUCAUGGAAGAUGAUGAGUUCGAUCUGAGAGAGACUGAAGAGCAAUAUAUUGAUAAUGUUUGUUUUUUAUCUGAUAAUCAAAUAAAUAAUCCUAUCGUGAAUACA